CGGAAUCCCCUCGGAGGAAAUGUAGGCACAGACGCGCACGGGACUCCGCCGCUCCGGUGCCAUCCAGUGUCACUCUCCGAGGCAAUAAGAAGAACAACAACAACAACAGCGACGACGACGACGACGACGACGACAUCAUGAAAGUGUCCAGCAUAGACGGCCGGCGCCUGAGGCGGAUCAUCCGGAAGGAGAGCGCCAGCUGCCUCGUCGUGGACUGCCGACCGUACUUCUCCUUCACCAGCUCCAGCGUCCGGGGCUCCGUCAACGUCAACCUCAACUCGGUGGUGGUGCGCAGGUCCCGCGGGGGCCCGGUGCCGCUGCAGUUCGUCAUCCCGGACGAGAGAGCCCUGCUCCGGCUCCGGGAGGGCAGCAUUUCGGCCAUCGUGGCUCUGGACGACCGGACGUCCCACUGGCAGAAACUGAAAAAGGACAGUGUAGCACAAAUAGUAAUAAACACCCUGUCGCAUCUGGCGAGCGGAGCCAACAUCUGUUUCCUGAAAGGAGGAUACGAGAACUUCCACUCUCAAUACCCUGAACUUUGCACUGAGGUGAAAACCAUCGACCAGAGCGGAACUGAAACCGAGAAAAUAGUCAACACCCACUGCGAGAAGCUUUCUGUCCUCAAACCAGAUUAUGAUCAGGGUAAACCUGUAGAGAUCCUGCCUUUCCUCUACCUCGGUAGUGCCUACCACGCCUCCAGACAGGACUAUCUCAGCGACCUUCACAUCACGGCCUUGCUCAACGUGUCACGCAGGGACAUGCAGCCGGCCAAGGGCCACUAUGACUACAAGUGGAUCCCAGUGGAGGACAACCACAUGGCCGACAUCAGCUCCCACUUCCAGGAGGCCAUAGAGUUUAUUGAUCACGUGAAGCAAUCAGGGGGGAAAGUUCUGGUCCACUGCGAAGCAGGCAUCUCACGUUCCCCCACCAUCUGCAUGGCCUACAUCAUGAGGACACAGCAGCUGCAGCUGGAUGCAGCCUUUGACAUCAUCAAGCAGCGCCGGGACGUCGUUUCACCCAACUUCAGCUUCAUGGGUCAGCUGUUGCAGUUCGAGUCAGAAGUUCUCUCCAUGGCUCCAGCUCAUGCUGCCACACCUGAACCAGCCACGCCCUGUGUCCCGGAGUCUGCGUCAUUUUUUGCCAACGACUUCGCCGCCACCUUCAACACCAAAAACUUUGAGCCAUCCGUGAUCACCCUCCCUACCUCUUACCUGCAGUCCCCAGUCCACCACCAGUUCAAACUGAGCCCAAUAACUGCACUGCCUUAAAAUGAACUGUGACUGCUUGUAGUCUUAAUUGAAAAAGUAAAAAGUAAUCCUCUCUGUGUGCCUGGUGUUGAAACCAGCAGAUAGACUGGAGUUCAGAUAAUAGUUCUGUUCAUAGGACCUUUUUCACAGUAAGACUUUUUGACACUGUGGGACAGGCCCAGUUGAUCCUGAUGACAUUAACGUUGGCUGUUCUAUUCAAUGGUCCCAGUAAUUAAUUUCAUCAUCCACUCCUGUACAUUUCCUGCUGUGGCAUGUCAAAAAUGUCUUCUGUGGUAAAAAGUCUAUGAGAAGAAUGGCCUUCAGCAGGCAUUGAUGCAGUUUUCCUUCCUUCUGAACUGCGGAGAUGAAAUAACACAGCACAGUGAUGAACUGCAAUAUACAUGCCUUAGGUUGAUAUUGUGAUUUAUUUGCCUAUUCACAAAUAAGGUCAUGUAAUAAAUUUAAUUUAUUUGAAAAUUA